AUGUGCCGCCGCCUCUUCCUCUUCCUUGUCGCCUUGACCUUUGUCCCCUGGAGCUAUGCCGCGCUCAAUGACCGGCAGCCACCUGCGCAGAAGCCCAACUUUGUCUUCAUCAUGACCGACGACCAAGAUCUGCACCUCAAUUCCAUGCAAUACAUGCCAAACGUGCUGGAUCUUAUCGCUAAAGAGGGAACCACUUACCAACAGCACUUCUGUACUGUCGCCCAAUGCUGCCCUUCGAGAGUCUCAUUGUUCACCGGCAAGCUUGCCCACAAUACCAAUGUCACGGAUAUCAUCCCUCCCUAUGGUGGCUAUCCCAAGUUCGUCCAGCAAGGCCUCAACAACGACUACCUCCCUGUGUGGCUGCAGCAAGCCGGAUACAACACUUACUAUACGGGCAAACUCAUGAAUGCCCACUCUACGGCCAAUUGGAAUAACCCGUUCCCUGCAGGUUGGAACGGCACAGCUUUCUUGAUCGAUCCAGGAACUUACAACUACUACAACGCCACAUUCCAGAGCAACAGAGACCCUCCCGCGAGCACGCCUGGCCAGUAUAAUACAGACCAAGUCGCUCAGCACGCUCUGAAUAUGCUUGACCAAGCUUACGCUGCUGGAGCUCCUUUCUUCCUCGGUGUCACACCAAUCGCACCACACUGCCAGACCAUCUUCAAUCCCACCACCCCGAUCCCAGGCUUUCUUCCACCGAUUCCUGCAUCUCGUCAUCAGAACCUAUUCCCCGGUGUCAAGAUCCCACGAAGUCCCAACUUUAACCCUAAUGUGCCUAGCGGAGCAAGCUGGAUCACACACUUGCCUCAACUCAACAGCACGGAGAUUGACUAUUUUGACAACUUCUAUCGCUCGCGCCUGCAGGCCUUGCAAGCCGUUGAUGAGAUGAUUUCGACCAUCAUCGAUCGUCUGACCCAGCACGGUCUCCUCAACGAUACCUACGUCAUCUACACCACUGAUAAUGGCUAUCACAUGGGCAAUCACCGCAUGCAGCCAGGAAAGUACUGCGCCUACGAGGAGGACGUCAACAUUCCAUUUUACAUCCGUGGGCCAGGUGUGCCUAGAGGGAAGACUGUUGAUUUUGUGACGACCCAUACGGACUUUGCUCCCACUUUGUUCCAGCUGGCCGGAAUUCCGCUCCGGAGUGAUUUCGAUGGGUCACCCAUGCCUGUGACCGGCAAUGCCCAGGAACAGCGUCGUAACGCUCCUGCCCCUGAUCAUACUAUGGUUGAAUACUGGGGAACAGGUGGCUUUGAAGGAGCUUAUGGACUGCAGGGUAUCAACGGAAGUUUCACUCAAUUCCUCAACCACACCUACAAAUCAAUGCGCAUAGUCACCAACAAAUACAAUCUGCAAUAUACAGUCUGGUGCACAAAUGAACACGAGCUGUAUGACAUGACGCGCGAUCCCUCGCAAAUGAAUAACCUGCUUGGCCCCAGUGCCUCAGUCAAUGCUACUCCCUUGGCCAGUCCCUUAAAUCGACCCCUUUCUCAAGUCCAACCUCGUCUCGAUGCCCUUCUCAUGGUAUUGAAAUCCUGCAAGGCCAACCAAUGCACUCAGCCAUGGAAGGUCCUUCAUCCUGACGGCGACGUGAAUAACCUGGUGGAUGCGCUAAAUGGCGAGUAUGAUGCCUUCUAUACGGAACAACCGAAAGUGGAGUUUGAGAAGUGUGAAUUGGGAUAUCGGGUCCAAAGCGAGGGGCCACAGACUCCGAAUUACUAUGGGACCAAUAUGGCGGAGUGGACUUGA